CCCCCAACCAACAUCCCACCUCAUCCCAGCAUGUCAGAUGCAUCCGGCGACGAGCGUGAUUCCAGAACCGCGUCGGUCGGUCUGCAGCGGAACCGCAGAAACUCGAACGUUUCGAACAAUUCGUCGCGCCACACCUCCGGCGAACCGCUGAGUAAACGCCAACGUCGGACCCGAAACGCGAACACCGCUGACGUGAAGGAUUUUGUUCCACGAGGCGCAAAGUUUAGCGCGGCUUCUUUGGAGGUGGAUCCGGAGAGUGCUUCUUCCUCUGGGGGGGAAGGAGAGGAAAAGGAAACGGAAACGGAAACGGAAACGGAAACGGAUUCCUCUGCGCCUGUUCUUAACUGGAACAAGGGGAAUAAGAGUGUCAUCAGGACGACGCUGGGUGGUCGGCAGAAUAUGGCUGCGAGCGCGCAGCGGGAUUCUGCCGAGUCGAAAUUCGAGGCUGUGAAUGGGAAGUUCUGGCGUAGUCGGAGUGCGUCUGCUUCUCCGGAGCGUGGACAACAGCAGAAUAAAGAACAAGACAAUGCUCCGGUUGCGCGGGAUGAGAAUGAGGAUGAGGAGGAUGUGAUGGAGGAAGGGCAAGUCAGCGAGGAGAGCUCGGUGGAGGACGACGAGGAGUCAGAUCACUCACAGUCUCCUUUGUCCGGAGAUUCUGAUGACUCCGAGUCCCUCGAUUCCGAGGCCGAAGACUCCAUCAUGUUGAAUAUUGGUUCGCGGGGCCAGAGCCAGCAGAAUGGGGGAUUGUCGCCAUCCGAUAACGAUGACGACGAUUACGAUCCCGAAUCGUUGCCGCUGUCGCAGAGUACGGACAAAGGCAUGAUGAUAUUUGAUACCACAAACGGGAUGAUGGACGAUUCUGCAACCGACUCGAAAGAGAGCGCGCUUCUUCGCUUCGCGCAAAAGUACCCUGCUGCGCCUUCUAUCCUGGCUGAUCUUGAUCGCGAGGACAUGGAAAGGCAGGCCAAAGCUAUCUUCUACGAUCGCGAUAUCAACGAUAUCAAUCUUCAAUCGCCAAUUACUUGUAUGGAGUGUUUGCGGGAAGGCCAUCUUGCCGAUGUUUGCCCCAUGAAAGAGUGUGUGCACUGCGGAGCCUGGAACAAGCACCAAAGCAGUCUCUGCCCCAAGUGGCGAAGAUGCCAAAGAUGUCGUGAGCGCGGCCACGAUCAAAAGCAAUGCUCCUCAGCCCUUAAAAGCUCUGCAUCCGAAAUUCCCUGCGACCUAUGCGGAUCAUCAGACCACCUCGAACUCGACUGCGAUUUCAUGUGGAAACUUCCUCGGCAAGACACAACCGCCGCACCUGUGCUGGUCUCCAUCUCCUGCGCCCACUGCACCAGUAAUCGUCAUCUCAUCGGCGACUGCCCCUCCCUCCCGCGCCCUCUGGCCUCAUCAUCAUGGACCCUCCGCGGAAUCGACCCGAACAUAAUCACAAACGUCAACUCCGUCGUCAACUCCAGACGGGGCGGAGGUCCCGGAGCCGCGUCCAGAGCUGUUCCUGGAAACCAAAAACAACGGGGGAUGAAAAUCAGAGGCCGCGCAGAUCAUGCUCGCUUCCCCUCCACCACCACCUCCGACACCGAUAGUGACGAUAUGAUGGCUCUUUCUCGGCCCGAUCGACGACCACAAGUCGGAGGCAACCGCAACGCAAACAGAGGAAAUAUUCGAUUCGGCAAUAAUAUCGGGAAGAAUAAGAAUCUGGGACCUCCCCCGCCCCCGCCGGGACCUCGGGACUAUAGAGACCGCGAAGACCCCAUGCCUAGGAAUAACCAUGGGCGCCAGCGUUCCAUGUCUCCUGGUCGUCCUAGAGGAGGUCGCGGAAGAGGCAAACAUACCUGGCAGCCGCCGUUGCCUCGUUCUCCGCCGCCACGAGGAAACAGUCGACCUUCGGGCCCGCCUCCUCGUUCAUCGAGAGGCGGCCGUGGAGGUGGACGUGGUGGGAGCAAACGCGGUGGAGGAGGAGAUGCAUAUCGACCGCUGCCCAGUGCAGCUAAGAAGGCUUGGGACAAAUACCGUCUCUAA